GGCGGCGGGGCGGGGGGCUUCCAGGCCCUGUCCGUGGCGCUGCUGCUGGCCCAGGGGGGGCUGCUGGACCUCUACCUCAUCGCCGUCACCGACCCGUACUGGUGCUCCUGGGUGGCCACCGACCUGGCCGUCGUCGCCGGCUGGACCGUCUUCUUCGCCAAGCACCGGCGAGGGCGUCGAGGGGCCGCCCGCACGUGCUCGGCCGCAGGCGGGAAGGCCCGGGGGCGGGGGGCGAGAGGGAGGCUCCCGGCGGGAGCGGGAGGAGCCGGAGGAGCCGGAGCAGGAGGAGGGGGCUUCGCCUUCGCCUACCUGGCCUGGCUGAUGUACUCCAUCGCCUUCGCCCCGAAAGUAGGGCUGGUGCUAGGCCCGUCCAGGCCCGACCUCCUGCGGCUCUUCCAGGGCCGCGCCCCUCUGGGGUCGGCGGGCUUCCGCCUGACCCUGGCCCUGUCGGCGCCCCUGCUCUACAGCCUGGUCCGGGCCGUGGGCGAGCCCGGGGGACCCCUCCUCCUGCAGCCCCGGGGCCACCGCGCCGCCGGAGGCUUCCUGGCCACCUGCCUGGACCUGCUGGACAGCUUCUCCCUGCUGGACCUCCUGCUGGACGGCCGGGCGCCGCUGUCCUCCCCGCUGCGGGCCCUGGUCCUGGCCGUCUACUUCCUGGCCCUGGCCUCGCCCGUGCUCUGGCUCUACGAGCUCCACGACCCCCCGGCCCCCGGGGCCUGCGGCCCCCUGCUGCGGCUGCUGGCCGGCUGCUUGGUGGACGUGCCCCUGCUGGCCCUGCGCUGCUUGCUGGCCGUCGCCCACGGCCAGCCGCUCUCCGUCUUCGUGCUCAAGAACGUCUUCUUCCUGGGCGGCCGGGGGCUGGAGGCGCUGGAGGGCUGCUGGGCCCCGGCCGGC